CGCGCGCACACGUACCGUCAGAGCCGAGAAACCACGUGACUGUUCACUGCGAGGAUUUCCGGGAUCGCACUCACUCAGCGACGCACCAGGGCACGGACUCGAAACCGUCCUGUACCUGAGUCUGAGGUUUUCUCCGAGUCCGAGCUGAACCAGAGUCCGUCCUGGUCUAGAGCUGGUCCUGAUUCAGACCCUCCGUCCUGGUGCACGAGCCUCUGCGCGCACGAGCUUUGAUCUUACAGUGAUCCCUAGGAAUGUCGAGGAAGUCUAGCUCUCGUGCUGCUGAUGUAGAAAUGUCUGUAGACGCGUCCAUCAUCCGUAUCCCUCCUCAUCACUACAUCCAUGUCCUGGACCAGAACACCAACAUCGCCCGGGUGGAGAUAGGACCACUUACCUACAUCCGCCAAGACAAUGAGAGGGUCCUCUUCCCUCCCAUGAGGAUGGUGAUGGUUCCACCGCGCCACUAUUGCAUCGUGCUGAAUCCUGUUGCCCGUGACGACAAUGGCCAGGUGCAGUUCGACCAGUCAGGACAGGCCAAGCUGCGGCACGCUGACCAGGAGAUCCGCCUCACCCAGGAUCCAUUUCCCCUGUACCCCGGGGAGGAGGUCCAACAGGAUGUGACUGCACUGCAGAUUGUGUUCCCGGACACGGCUCUCAGACUUCAGGCUCUGCUCGACUUCACUGAUGCCUCAGGGACCAAGAGGACCGCAGGAGACGAGUGGCUCUUUGAGGGACCAGGGACUUAUAUUCCGCAUAAGGAGGUUGUGGUUCUGGAGACCAUCAAAGCCACAGUGAUCCGAGAGAACCAGGCCAUCAGACUGAGAGCCCGGAAGGAGGGAGUGGACCGCAGCGGAGUCAAGAGGGUCACAGGGGAGGAGUGGCUGGUGUCUAAAGUCGGGGCUUAUCUCCCUGGAGCUCAUGAAGAAGUCAUCGACAUUGUCAACGCUUUUAUCCUCACAGACAAGAGGGCGCUGCAUGUCCGUGCGCUCCGGCCCUUUAAGGACGCAGGGGGGCGGGACCGGCGCACAGGGGAGGAGUGGCUCGUGACGAUGGCGGAGCGAGAGGCGCACAUCCCGUCUGUAUCCGAGGAGGUAGUGGGUGUCGUCGCGGUAACCACGCUCAGCAGCCGCCAGUACUGCGUGAUCCUCGACCCGGUGGGAGAUGAUGGGAAACCCCAACUCGGAAAGAAGAGGGUCAUCAAGGGGGAGAAAUCCUUCUUCCUUCAGCCCGGAGAGCGUCUGGAGAACGGGAUCCAGGAUGUGUUCGUUCUGUCUGAGGAGGAGGGGCUGGUGCUCAGAGCUGUGGAGGCCUUUGACGAUACAGACCCGUUUCAAGAUGAUGAGGAGGAUGACGAGGAAGAAGAGGAGGCAAGCGGGGCCAAACGCCGGCGCCGCUACGGGGUCCUGCGUCGCCCUGGAGACCGGUGGAUGCUCCGCGGGCCCAUCGAGUAUGUGCCUCCUGCUACUGUCGAGGUGGUACUGCGACGCCAGGCCAUUCCUCUGGAUGAGAACGAAGGAAUCUAUGUGAGAGACAUCAAGACUGGGAAAGUGCGCGCCGUCAUCGGACACACGUACAUGUUGACUCAGGAUGAGGAGCUGUGGAGGAAGGAGCUUCCCGGGAAUGUGGAGGCACUGUUGGCAUCUCCUCUUGACCCUUUGGCCGAUCGUUCCGACCGGAAUCGUGCUACAGACCAACGCCUCAGAGAUAAGACCCGUGUGGUGUCCUACAGGGUCCCACACAACGCCGCCGUGCAGGUGUACGACUACAGGGAGAAGAAGGCUCGGGUGGUUUUUGGCCCAGAGCUCGUCAUGUUGGGGCCUGAUGAGCAGUUCACUGUCCUCUCUCUCUCUGGGGACAAACCAAAGCGAGCGAACGUGAUCAAAGCCGUGUGUUUGCUGCUGGGACCCGACUUCUGCACCGACAUCAUCACCAUAGAAACGGCUGACCACGCCCGCCUGCAGCUGCAGCUCGCAUACAACUGGCACUUUGCUGUGAAGUCCCCUGUGAGCGCAGAGGACGCCGCUGCCCUUUUCUCUGUCCCAGACUUUGUAGGAGACGCCUGUAAAGCCAUCGCCUCCAAGAUCAGAGGAGCUGUGGCCUCUGUGCAGUUCGACGACUUCCACAAGAACUCAAACCGCAUCAUCUGUUCUGCGGUGUUUGGCUUCGAUGAGAAAGUAAACAUUCGCCACAGUCUGGAGUUCCCUCAGAACCGUUUGGUCAUCAGCAGCGUGGACAUUCAAUCUGUGGAGCCCGUGGACCAGAGGACGAGAGAUGCUCUGCAGAAGAGCGUGCAGCUCGCCAUCGAAAUCACCACCAACUCCCAGGAGGCCACAGCACGUCACGAGGCAGAGCGUCUGGAGCAGGAGGCCAAAGGGAAACUGGAACGCCAGAGAAUCACAGACCAGGCCGAAGCCGAGAGAGCCAGAAAAGAGCUCCUGGAACUGGAAGCACUCAGCGCGGCGGUGGAGAGCACCGGAGCUGCCAAAGCUGAGGCUCAGUCCAGAGCAGAAGCCGCCCGGAUCCAGGGAGAAGCUGCAGUGAACGAGGCCAAACUGAAGGCCGAGGCCCAGAGGAUCGAGGCUGAGGGAGAGCUGCAGCGUCUUGCCCAGGCUCGGGAGCAGGAGCUGGGGUACAAGAAGGACAUGGACCACCUGGAUGUGCAGAAGCAGGAGAAGCUGGCCCAGAUCGAGAGCAAUAAGUUCAGUCAGCUGGUGCAGAGUCUGGGGGCCGACACGCUCAAAGAGAUGGCCAAGGCCGGGCCCGAGCUACAGGUUAAGAUGCUGCAGGCUCUGGGGCUGAAGUCCACUCUGAUCACAGAUGGCACCUCCCCUAUUAACCUGUUCACUACCGCCAAUGGCCUGCUGGGGAAUCUGCCGGGACAAGGACAGGAGUAGAGACCCGAGUUCAGAGAUCGAGAUCCAAGUCCAGAGACAGAGAUCCAAGUCCAGAGGAGGAGAAGGCGAGAAGGAAUGUCGUGAAAGAAGGUUUAUUUUGUUAGUUAAGUCUCUUCACCUGAAAUGUGUAAAAAGCCAAAAUGCCUUUUUAUAAAAAUAUAACCAAAUGAAGAAAAAUAACAAUUUUAAUUUGAAGUAAAACAGCUUGAAUCCAAAUGAACACUGUGAGAGCCAUUUUAGCUCAUAUAAAACGCUGUUUCCUUGUCUCCUCUCUCGUCUUGCCCCCUUGUCUCCUUGCCUCCUCGUCUCCUCAGGCCAAGGCUUUUGUUGAAAUGAAGUUUACAUUUGUUGCACUUUUUCCCCCAAAGCCUUAAAUAAAUGAAGUGCUGCUU